AAAAUAUCUUCAUCAUGGGUUGCCAAGCAUCCACCAGUCAGGUUAAGAAGACUACUAAAGCUCAGGAUAAGAGUAAAGCUGCCAAAGAUAAUAAAGAGGAUAAUGCAGCUGAAACUCAGAAAUCCCCCCUUGAUGUAAAUUCUAUCAAGAAAGAUGUGACCAAAGUAGUAGAGAAAAAGGCUACUGAAAUGGCCAUCAAACAUGCGAAGAAAGAAGGUAUGAAAAAGGUUAAAAAAUUGUGGUAAAAUUGAGUAUUAACAACUUACAAAAA